AAUGUAACUCCUACUAAGACAGGUCCGACAGGUCAUGUGCAGGACGACAGUAAUCAGCCGUCAUGUUGUGUCAGAUCCUCCUGAGCUCAUCCCAUCCACUUUCGCUCUCUCUGUGUCUCGCGCUGUGACUCGCGCACGGUGGCUCCUCAUUGGCUGUCGGCGGACACCCGGAGAGCAGGUCGCUUUCCUCGGUGCUGAAAUCGCUGCUCGUCGUGAUAAUGUAAACGGCGAUGAGGCCACACGCUUCAGUCUGUAAACACCAAAAUGGACGAUGAUCUGUUCCAACUGAGACAGCUGCCUGUUGUCCGCUUCCGUCGCACAGGUGAAAGUGCACGCUCCGAGGACGACGGCGAGAAUAGAGAGCAGGUUGUCAAGAUCGCAGAGCAGACUGACCUGGAGUCUGUGGCGCUUGCAGAUGGAGCUCCGGUUCCCCGGGAGUUUGCGAACCCAACUGAUGACACAUUCAUGGUGGAAGAUGCCGUAGAGGCCAUAGGCUUUGGGACAUUUCAGUGGAAACUCUCCAUCCUCACUGGUCUGUCCUGGAUGGCUGAUGCCAUGGAGAUGAUGAUCCUCAGUAUCUUAGCCCCACAACUCCACUGUGAAUGGAGACUGCCCAGCCUGGAAGUGGCACUGCUCACAUCGGCCGUGUUUAUUGGGAUGAUGAUCAGCUCUUCUCUUUGGGGAAACAUAUCCGACAAGUACGGCAGGAAGACAGGUCUCAAGAUGAGUGUGCUGUGGACUAUGUUCUAUGGCCUGAUGAGUGCAUUUGCGCCGAUUUAUGGGUGGAUCCUCUUCCUCCGUGCACUGGUGGGCUUUGGCAUCGGAGGAGCCCCACAGUCGGUGACGCUGUAUGCUGAGUUUCUGCCUAUGAGGUCCAGAGCCACAUGCAUCUUGUUGAUAGAGAUAUUCUGGGCACUGGGCACUGUGUUUGAGGUCCUCUUGGCAAUCCUGGUGAUGCCCACUCUGGGUUGGCGUUGGCUUCUCGGCCUUUCUACCAUUCCUCUCUUCAUCUUUGCCAUCUUAUGUUUUUGGCUACCAGAGAGUGCUCGAUACGAUGUUCUAACAGGGAAUCAGGAAAAAGCUCUGGCAACGCUGAAGCGCAUCGCUACAGAGAAUGGAGCCCCGAUGCCACUGGGAAAACUUAUCGCUGCCAGACAGGAGGAUCGUGGAAAGAUUCAGGACUUGUUUUCGUCACACUUUCGUUGGACCACAGUCCUGCUGUGGUUUAUUUGGUUUGCAAACGCCUUCUCUUACUACGGCCUGGUGCUGCUCACUACAGAGCUGUUUCAGGAGGGGGGUGCAUGUGGAAUGUCCAAAGGUAAUAAGAGGGAGCUCCGAUGCAGUUUGGAGUGUAAAUAUCUGAACUCUGAUGACUACAAAGACCUGUUGUGGACCACCUUAUCUGAAUUCCCAGGACUUCUGGUGACACUGUGGGCUAUUGAUCGAUUGGGAAGGAGGAAGACCAUGGCAUUGUGUUUCUUCAUCUUCUCUAUGUGCAUCAUUCCUCUCUAUGGUUGUGUUGGCAGAGCAUCCAUGACAGUGCUGAUAUUCAUCGCCAGAGCUUUCAUUGCAGGAGGAUUUCAGGCCGCUUACGUGUACACUCCAGAGGUGUACCCAACAGCAACCAGGGCUUUAGGUCUGGGAACAAGCAGCGGAAUGGCCAGAGUUGGUGCCCUCAUCACACCUUUUGUCGCGCAGGUCAUGUUGGAGUCAUCUGUGUACCUGGCCCUCUCCGUGUACUGCUGCUGCUGCCUCCUGGCUGCCAUCGCCUCCUGUGCACUGCCAAUUGAGACAACAGGCCGGGGCCUGCAGGAGUCCAGCCACCACGAGUGGGGCCAGGAGAUGAUGGGCCGGGCCUCUUCCCACGGCUCAGGGAGAAUCCCCCAGUCCAGCUCCGGCUCCCAGGGCUGAGCAUACAACAGAGAGAGAAGUGCCAACGGUGAGAGAAAAGAGGGUGGCAAAAAAAAAAAAAAAAAAAGUGAGACCAGCUUUCUGUGUCCAUCUCCAGUCACAUCCUAAGGCACCACAGCGGCUUCAGGGAGCCAGGCAGCACAGUAUUAUAUAUUAUUAUUAAAUAGUUUUCGACCACCACUGCUGUCACAAUGUUGCCACUGAAUAACUGCACACGAGGUGACUGCUAAAAACCAAAUGACCUGAGUGCAAGAUCGAGAAUAUAAAUGAUGGACUGUGUGAAGCAUUUUUGAACAAGAGAGAAUUCAAAUACUUCGAGUAUUCGAAUCCUGCUUUUCUAAAGUAAGAGAAGAAAAGGAGAGUAGAGACCGUAACAAUGUUAAAUGACCUUCUUCUUGUCAAAGAGCCUUAAAACCACCUAUGAAAAAGCUGCAUCUAUUAGCAUAAUGGACACUGACGAGUAGAUAAGAAAGAAUUAUUUUGUGCGCACAAAUUGCCUGUUAAAAUACACUAACUGCAAACUCAGCUUUAAAAAAAGUACAUUGCAGGAACUAAGUACACUUCAUCAGUUCAACAGACCAUGAGACUGAAUAAGGUCUGUGGUUACUGCAUUUAGGAUUCACUUUUCCCACAGCAGUGAAAGGACAUACUGCACAGUAAGACACUGACUCUCAUAUAUUGUAAGCA